CCUCACUUCCGCUCUCCCCAUCAGCCCACCACAAUCCUCUUCAAUGGCGUCAACAAGGACGCCGUACGUCUGCCUCAAUUGCAGGCUGACAAGGCCAUUGACGCGACGCGCCUUCUCCUCCUCCACGCACCGCGCCGAAGCUCUCCGUCCUGCGACCGCGCCGAAGCCCACCCCAGACGUCAAGCACAUCCGCCAGAACGCCGAGCUGUACUCCAAAAACAGCGUCGACCGCAAUUACCCAUCGCACGUCGACUACCCAUUCCAGAUCCAGAACCUGUCCGAAGAAGCCCGCCGUCUCGACCAAGACCUCAAGACCCCUCGCUCGCGCAUCAAGCAGCUCGAAAAGGCCAUCGGCAAGCUCGCAGCUUCCGCCCGCCAGGAAGGAGGCAAUGGCGAAAACACAGAAGAGCUGACAGCUCUCCGAUCAGAGGCCCAAAAGCUCAAGGACGAAUCACAAGAGAUGACUACGCGCAAGACCGCCUGCACGGAAGAGAUCAACCGGCUCGCCCUGUCCCUCCCCAACCUAUCCUCCUCCGAAACACCGGUCGGGGACGACCCCAGACUGAUCGAAUACCUCAAUUUCGACCCCCGGUCGCCGCCCGAGUGGAUCGCCAGUCCGGACCCCAGUCGCUCCCACGUCGCGAUCGGCACAUCCCUCGGCCUCAUCGAUUUCACCAGCUCCGCUACCACCACCGGCUGGGGAUGGUACUUCCUCACCAAUGAGGGCGCUCUCCUGGAGCAAGCUCUGAUUCAGUACGCAUUGAGCGUGGCCCGGAAACGCGGCUGGAAGCCCGUGUCGCCCCCGUCGAUCGUCUAUUCCUACAUCGCCGAAGCGUGCGGGUUCCAGCCCCGCGACCAGCACAACGAGCAGCAGAUCUGGGCCAUCGAACAGAGCGACAAGGACAAGAGCAAACCGCAGCGGUCUCUGGCCGGGACCGCCGAGAUCCCCCUCGCGGCGAUGUACGCCGGCCGCGACAUCGACGCAGCGAAUCUUCCCGUCAAACUGGUCGGGCCCAGCCGAUGCUAUCGCGCCGAGGCGGGCUCCCGUGGUGUCGACACGAAGGGUUUAUACAGAGUCCACGAGUUCACAAAGGUGGAGAUGUUCGCAUGGGCCGAUAACGCCCCCGAAGCAAGUGGAAAGGGACUCCCGACGUCCGACGACCUCUUCAACGAGCUCCUGUCCAUCCAGACCGAGAUUCUGACCUCCCUAAACCUCCCCUGCCGGGUGCUGGAAAUGCCGACCACAGACCUGGGCGCCAGUGCAAGCCGCAAACGCGAUAUCGAGGCCCUCUUCCCCUCGCGCCUGCGGGCCGGUGCGGAUCUCGAGUCGGCAUGGGGCGAGGUCACCUCCGCUUCUAUCUGUACGGACUACCAGAGCCGUAGGUUGGGAACCCGGGUGCGUGGCGGAGCAGCGAAGGAUUCUCGGUUCCCGCAUACGGUCAAUGGUACUGCCGUGGCUGUUCCCCGGGUGUUGGCCGCCAUUCUGGAGAACGGAUGGGAUGAGAAGCGCAAGGUUGUAGUUGUCCCGGAGGUGCUGAGGAACUGGAUGGGUGGCUUGGAAGUAAUUGGGGAGUCUUCGUGAC